AUGGAUGUCUCAUCAUCAUCAACAUCGUCGUCCACGAUCGAACUCACCCAGACUUUCCACCACUCCACCGCCGUCUACGACUACCAUAUCCACUGGACGUCUCUAGGCGACGCGGCUUCGCAACCAUUAAUCUUUGUGCACGGCACACCAUGGUCCUCGCGCCUCUGGCACGCCUACGCACACUCACUCGCCCGGUAUUUCCACGUCUACCUCUUCGACAACCCCGGUUUCGGCGACAGUCCCCUCGGCAUGCCUCUCCCCGGCAAAGAAGGCGUUAUCAGCGCGGGAGUUGCGCUGGACGCAGACCUUGCACAACAGUCGGAGGUGUUCGCUGCACUCUACAGAUCCUGGGAGCAGGACUGGCGGGGUCCUAAGGCACAUGUGGUUGCACAUGACCAUGGAGGCUUGAUGGCUUUGCGGGCACAUCUGCUGCAUGGGUGUGACUACCGCAGUUUGUGCCUGAUUGAUGUAGUGGCAAUCGGGCCAUUCGGACACCCUCUGUUCAAAAUGGUGGCGGAGAAUGUGCGGGUAUUUACAGCUCUGACUGGGCCGGUGUUUGAAGGCGUCGUAGAGGCGUAUAUCCGAGACGCGGCGUAUUGUGAGUUGGAUAGAGAAACCAUGGAAAUGCUGAAGAGGCCAUGGAUCGUCAGCGAAGAAGGGAGGAAAGGAUUUGUCAGGCAGAUGGUGCAGGCCAACAGUCGCAGCACAGCGGAGGUCGAAGGCAGAUACCAUGAGGUUGGGAAGAAAAUGCCAGUGAGGAUAAUCUGGGGAAAAGAAGAUAGGUGGAUUCCUGUGGAGACAGCAACGAGGCUGAAGGGCAAGUUGGGUGCCAAGGACCUAGUGGAUAUCGAAGGAGCGGGUCAUUUGGUGAUGUAUGAUCAGCCCGCGAGGUUAGGAAUUGAGCUGGGAUGGUGGUUGGGUAGUAUGAAGUAG